AUGAGUUUGAUCGCUAGUGUAGGGAACAUGUCCAGGUUACAUGACGGUCCUAUCAUUGACGACGAUUUAUACGUCAUCCUCGUUGACAUCAGCGCCAACAGCCUAACUGUCCUGGUGUCUUUGUUUGGGAUGUUGACCAAUGGGGUCAAUAUUUUGAUUUUCUUGCGUCAAGGCUUCAGUGAGCAGGUCACCAUCACUCUACUGGCCCUGGCCGUGUCUGACAUGAUGGCACUGAUGGUCAACUCGAUCCCAAAUCUCGUGUUUUUUAUAGCCUUAAAACUCUUCGGCGUCGCUUUAUUUUCUGAUGAGAUCACAUACGUAACGACAGGGACCCUGCAUUUGGCUUUUGUCAGAGUAACGGGUUGGCUGACGGCGUUUAUAACAUUUGAGCGUUGUCUUUGUGUGACCCUGCCUCUACACGUCAGGUCAGCGGUCACCAAAAGACGUGUCACUUUUGUCGUCAUAGCGAUUUAUAUUUUCAGUUUCUCGUGUCUGGCACCGACCUACUACACGACUUACUACAACUGGAGUUACCUCCCUCACAUGAACAGCAGUUAUCUAAUCCUGAUGGACACAGAUCACCGUGUUGUCCUCGAUCACAUGAGCUUCAUCAUCGGGAAUGUUUUCCCAGCUAUCGCGUCUUUCUCUAUAGUCCUCCUCAGCACCGUCUUUCUAUCUAUCGGGCUCAUCAGCUCGAAAACAUUUCACAAACAUCACACCAAACAGCUCUCCGUUGCUACAGAUAAGUUUCAGCGGAUUACUAGAAAAAAGAUUAAGAUAAUUAAACUGACGUCACUCUUGGCUUUAAUCUUCAUCGUCACCUUUACCCCGACUAUAAUCUUCACCGUCUGGAUUGCAUGUGAUCCAGGCUUCAGCGCCACGGGAUUCAACAGUAACUUCUUCAAAGUGGCCUUUUCUUUUUCUUUCUUGAUGGAAUCGCUCAACUCCAGCCUGCAUGUGUUUCCUUACUAUAGCAUGAGCACCAACUACAGAACCAGGUUCAAACCCAGUUUUUCAUGCUUCUUUACUAAUACAUGA